GUCGAAAUCUGCAGCCUCUCCUCCCUCACAGGAAGAGUAGUAUUUCCAGCACUGAGGCCGGACAUGAACACAGAGUACAGGAACAGUGCGAAGCACUGAUACUCUACAGGGAUGUCUGCUCUGUCCAGGACCAGCCGAUGACACCAAGGUCCCAUCAGAUACAGGAGAUCCAUAAAAUGUUGGGACAGCUAUUUAUUUUUUUAUUUCUUAUUAGUCCAAGUCACUCUUGUUUGUUGUCAGAUAAAAAAGCUGAAGAAACUUUAGUCCCUUAUGGAGAACCAUUUUUUGUCAGAUGUCCACUUGAACCUCCAAAGUCCAAUAACAGUUACAACAUAACCUGGUUUAUAAAUGGCUCAAAUACAGAAAUUUCCACAAAUCUACAGGCAAGAAUUCAUCAAAAUAGCAACUACCUGAAGUUUUUUCCUGCGAGGCUGGAAGAUUCAGGCUUUUAUUUAUGUGUGUACAGAGAUACAAAAGAAUGUCGGCAAGAGGUCUUAGAAGUGAACGUGUUUCAGAAUGAUAAUGGUUUGUGUUAUAAAGAGGAAGCAUUGUACACUUAUCGACAUUUCAGGGACAAAUCAUUGGUAAUUGAAUGUCCAUUUGUUACUGAAUAUGUUGAUGCUGCGACUGCACAGUUCCACUGGUUUAAGGAAUGCCAGCCCUUGAAUAUGACAACGGACAAAUAUCUUAUAACAAAUCAGUUAUUGAGCAUCACAGAUGUAAUUCCACAAGAUAACGGACAUUACACAUGUGUAACGUCGUUUAUACACAAUGGGACAAACUAUAACAUCUCACGUUCCAUCGCUAAUACCAUACAGGAAUUACCUCUUACAGCCAACUUGAAACCCAAUAUAUUGUAUCCAACAGAUAACUUCAUAGAUGCAGAGUUAGGAACUUCUGUUACUGUAACCUGUGCAGCUCUGUUAAGUAGAAACCUUGAUUUGAUCUGGAGGUACAAUGAUUCUUUUAUUAGUGACUAUUCUGAUGAUGGCAGAGUGAUAGAUGGAAUACUACAAUAUGAAGCAGUCAAAGAUGGAGAAAAAGUGGAAUGCCGAAAUAUAACCUUUUCAAGUGUUAAAGAAGAAGAUUAUGGUCUACGAUUUUAUUGUUAUGCUGACUCUAUUUCAGCAUAUAGUCAGGCAUUUUUUAUACUGAAACGACCAGGUCCUAAUUUACAGGGACUCUUGAUUGCAAUAUUUGUGACAGCAGCGUUUUUAAUUAUUUCCACUAUAAUCAUCAUUAAACUUUUUAAAGUUGACCUCGUUCUUUGGUACAGGAGUUCCUGUUUUUCCCAUCCUCACCAAAAUGAUGGCAAGAUGUAUGAUGCCUACAUUAUGUAUCCAAAAAAUGCCAUAGGAAACAGUGCAUAUGACAUGGACUUAUUUGUGCUUAAGUUGCUUCCUGAAGUUCUUGAAAAGCAGUGUGCUUAUAAACUGUUUAUUUUUGGAAGAGAUGAUUUACCUGGGCAAGCAAUUGCAGACCUAGUUGAUGAAGCCAUUUCACAAAGCAGAAGACUGAUCAUUGUCCUGGGACAGGUUUCCAAUGAAAGUAACCUUGGAGUAGACUUUGAACAAAAAAUCGCCAUGUAUGAUGCUUUGAUCCGGAAUGAAAUAAAAGUAAUACUGAUUGAGAUGGAAAAAAUAACUGAUUGCACUUUCAUGCCAGAGUCCAUUAAAUAUAUCAGACAGAAACAAGGUGUUGUCCGAUGGAAGGGGACAUUCACAGAAGCUUCACUAUCUCCAAACACAAGGUUCUGGAAAAAUAUACGAUACCGGAUGCCUCCAGCUCCACGUCAUUCUGACAAAGAUUUGGAUUACAUAAGCACAGAGAAUUAAUGACAAUGAUAUGAUGUUGUAUGAACUAAGACAACUCUAAUUUCAAGUUACACUAUAAGCGUACAUUCAUGAAGAAUUCUUCAAAAUAUGGACACAUUACUGAAUACAGUAUUAAACCUUUAACUGGCAUUUAUUAAAGUUUAAGUUUAGUUAAA